AUGGUCCGCAUGCACGGUAACGGCCACGGCAAGGCCUCUUCGGCCCUGCCGUACCGCCGCACUCCCCCAUCGUGGCUGAAGAUCGCCAGCCGCGACGUCAUCGACGCGGUGUGCAAGCUCGCCAAGAAGGGACUUGCGCCCAGCAGAAUCGGCAUGCAGCUGCGUGACUCCAUGGGUAUUGCGCAGGUGAAGAAUGUGACGGGGCGCAAGAUCCUGCGCAUCCUGAAGCACAAGGGCAUGGCCCCGGAGAUCCCGGAGGACCUCUACUGCCUCAUCAAGCGCGCGACGGAGAUGCGGAAGCACAUGGAGCGCCACACGAAGGACAGGGACACGAAGUUCCGCCUCAUUCUUGUCGAGUCCCGCAUCCACCGUCUCGCUCGCUACUACAAGCGCGUGAAGCAGCUGCCGCCCACCUGGAAGUAUGAGUCCAGCACGGCCUCGGCGAUGGUGGCGUAA